UCACUUGGUAUUAAAAACGCCAUACAUCGCAGCCAUCUCUCUCUCUCUCUCUCAAAUCCUCUUCCAAGGAUGCGUUUGUCUCUUAUCGUAUUCAUACGUCUGUGAAUCAGCUCAAUCGCUGCGAUGCUGUGUCGUUUACCCGGCUGAGAUAUCGCCACCAUUUUUUUUUAACUGAAAAAAGGAACCAGUUAAUUGGUGAAGAUAUACACCUUAGCCUUCUUGUCUGGAUAUCAAUAAAAUGUUGCUCAUCAGCAAAAGGAAAGUUGAGCAAUUUUUGACCUGCUGAAGAAUCAUGACCAUGAAGGAAACUUGGAAGGAAACCACCUUUGAUUCAAGAUUUUUAGGGGGAGAGACUGAUGCCCUGACAGUCGAAAGUAAAGAAAGAUAUGCGUUAAAUGAUUCUAGAGUUGAUGCCAGUAUUACAGAAUUAGAGGCAAAAGAUCGAGAUAACUGUUCAAAUUUUAAAGUUGCGGAUGACUCCUUUGUUGAUGAUGAAAAUGGAACGUUGGCUUCUCCUUGGAAGGAAGGUCAAAAUGGACUCUCACAUCAUCUAGUCACAGAUAAGGGAACAAUAAAUUUUCCUACUAAGGAAAGUAAAGAUGGACAAGCACGUAAUGGAAGCAGUUUGGAUAAGGAUGCAGAUUCAUUGUCUUCUGACUCGUGUGAUAUGGACAAUGAGCAGGGAAGUCCAGACCGUAAAAGUUUUGACACAGUUGAAGAAUUAGCUGACUGUAAUGGAAGGGAUUCCAGAGAUUCGAGUUCUCUGUUGUUUACUGAUAAGAAUGUAUUGGAAUGUGAUCUUCCAGUGUCGGAGGUUUGCUAUAGAGAGAUUGGUUGUCAAAUGUUGAAGGAUAUAUGUGUUGAUGAAGGGAGGUCCGAGAAAGAUUCAAAUGAAAUAGAAAGUUCUAUGCCUCCCCUGCCUCCUAAUGACAAUGUCGAUCUUGAGACUAAGGAAGAUCCGUCGAUGGAUGCCAAUAGAAUUACUGGUAAUCAAUGUGGGAGUAAAGAUGAAAAUGACAGAGUAAAAUUCAUCUCUCAGGAAAAGCUAGAUUCUUACCUAGAGAAUGAAGUGGAGGCGAGCGAAGCAUGCUUUGAUGGAGCUUCUAAGGCUGAGAAUAAUUCUUCAAAUGGCUCCCUUGCUGAUAGGAAACUUCCAAAUGAAACUUUUGGUUAUCUGCCAGACCAGGUUCUUGAUCAAGAAGCAGUACCUGAAUGUCCUGCUGCAUCAUCAGCCGAAGCAGAAGGCACGAGGAAAGAUGUUCAAGCUAGCUGCCUAGCAUAUAAUAGAAAGGUUGAAAAUGGAACCAUUAUUUUCCACUUCAACUCCCCUGAUGGGGUGGUAGUUGGAAACAACGUGGCUGAAGAUUUUACGGAACAGUCUGCUGAGUUGGGGGAUAUGCACAAGGAUCUAAAUGCUGGAGAUCUUCCAGCUGCUGUGGAAGCGAAAGUUCAGUUCACAAGCAACGGAGAUGAUUCCCUGCAACAUUCCCUGGUAAGCAAUGAAGGGAAUUCUGAUAGUGGGACUGCGACAAAUGAAGGAUCCCUUAGUCAUAAGCAAGAGGAUUCUGAUGAUAUUCCCCUAGAUGAUGGCCCAGUUCAGUCUCCUAGCAGCAAAAGCCCAGUAGCCACAAAUGAUUCACAGGCGGCAAAUGCUCCAAACCACGAUAAAAAGGAUUCUGGAGACGUUCCAGUUACUAACCAGUUACAACAUGAUAUGGGUGAGACAAGCUUCUCUGCAGCUAGCAUGAUCGCAUAUUCUGGACCAAUAGCCUUUUCCGGGAGUCUAUCUCAUCGAUCUGAUGGCAGCACAACAAGCGGGAAAUCUUUUGCUUUCCCAGUAUUACAGUCCGAGUGGAAUAGCAGCCCGGUUCGAAUGGCAAAAGCGGAUAGGACAAGAUUUAGAAAACACAAGGGUUGGAGAUCCGGUCUUCUCUGCUGUAGAUUCUGAGUGCUUUUGUGAUAGCUUUAUUAGUGAACAAGUAUACGUCUCAAAAUUUCAGAAAUGGAUUAUUGUAAGUAUGUGAGUCGAUAUUUAUACGACAGGUUUUUGAUUGUCA